GACCACUACGCUACUAAUUUUAAUCAGUGGACUCUGUUCAAUAUCAGCUUUGAUGAGAAAUUUCUCCUAUGUGUCUGACGUUGCUGAGGGUGAGUUUGUGACAUUCUCUUGCACCAUUGAGAAGACCAGUGGAGAUAUACUGUGGAGAGUUGGGCCCUACACCGUCCAGUGCUGUGGUGGCACUGUGGCCCUCCCGGGGACU